AUGAGCGAGGCGGAAAAGCAGGCGGUGUCCUUCGCCUGUCAGCGCUGCCUGCAGCCCAUCGUCCUGGACGAGCAGCUGGAGAAGAUUAGCGUGCACGCAAUGGCUGAGUUGUCUUGUAGGUGUUGGGUGAUAUACAAUGGAAAUCCGUCUAAUGAUUCAGUCUUUACAGUGCCCAUCUACGGAGACAAUGGUAAUACUUUGGACCCGCAGGACGCCAGCAGCUUCGACCACUUUGUACCGCCCUACAGGCUUACGGACUCUAUAAAUGGCACUGGGUUCAUGCUGGUUUCGGAUGGCAGAGACAACAAGAAAAUGAGUGCUGCUUUUAAGCUGAAAGCGGAGCUGUUCGACUGCCUCUCUUCCAACUCUGAGAUUGAUCAUCCGCUGUGCGAGGAGUGUGCCGACUCCAUGCUGGAAAUCAUGGACCGGGAAUUGCGCAUCGCCGAGGAUGAAUGGGAUGUGUACAAGGCGUAUUUGGACGAACUGGAACAGCAGCGUGAAGCGCCCAACGUUGAGGCCCUGGACAAGGAGCUUGAUGAACUGAAGCGCAGCGAGCAGCAGCUACUGUCGGAGCUGACAGAGCUUAAAAAGGAAGAACAAUCACUGAAUGAUGCCAUUGCGCAGGAGGAACAGGAGCGAGAGGAGCUCCACGAGCAGGAGGAAAGCUACUGGCGCGAGUACACUAAGCACAGACGUGAGCUUAUGCUCACCGAAGAUGACAAACGAAGUCUGGAGAGUCAGAUUGCCUACUCGAAACAGCAGCUGGACAAACUGCGCGACACCAACAUAUUCAACAUCACCUUUCACAUCUGGCAUGCCGGGCAUUUCGGUACCAUUAAUAACUUUAGGCUGGGUCGAUUGCCCUCUGUAUCCGUGGAUUGGUCAGAGAUCAACGCCGCUUGGGGACAGACGGUGCUCCUCCUCUCUGCGCUUGCUCGUAAGAUUGGCCUGACCUUCGAGCGUUAUCGCGUGGUACCCUUUGGAAAUCAUUCGUAUGUUGAGGUACUCGGCGAGAAUAGAGAACUCCCGCUUUAUGGCAGCGGCGGAUUUAAGUUUUUCUGGGACACCAAGUUUGAUGCUGCCAUGGUGGCAUUCCUCGACUGCCUCACCCAGUUCCAGAAGGAGGUCGAGAAGCGCGACACCGAGUUCCUGCUGCCCUACAAGAUGGAGAAGGGCAAGAUCAUCGAUCCCUCUACGGGAAAUUCCUAUUCUAUUAAAAUCCAGUUUAACUCGGAGGAGCAAUGGACCAAGGCGUUGAAGUUCAUGCUGACCAACCUGAAAUGGGGAUUGGCCUGGGUUUCUUCGCAGUUUGUAUCACCGUGAUUUUUCUUUCUCUUUGUCUUAAAAUGUAUAUUUAUAAAUUACUUAAUUAUCCUCUUAGUAUUAAAUCUAAAUCUUUCAAGUUUUAAAUAAAAAAGUAUUUAUAUUAUUA